GGCGAGACACGAGCGGCGGGAGGGAGGCGGUGGCGCGCCCGGCCCCGCCCGCCCGACCAAGCGUCGGACGCGGCCCGGCGCCGAGCCAUGGAGCCUGAGCCAGUGGAGGACUGUGUGCAGAGCACUCUCGCCGCCCUGUAUCCACCCUUUGAGGCAACAGCCCCCACCCUGUUGGGCCAGGUGUUCCAGGUGGUGGAGAGGACUUAUCGGGAGGACGCACUGAGGUACACGCUGGACUUCCUGGUACCAGCCAAGCACCUGCUUGCCAAGGUCCAGCAGGAAGCCUGUGCCCAAUACAGUGGAUUCCUCUUCUUCCAUGAGGGGUGGCCGCUCUGCCUGCAUGAACAGGUGGUGGUGCAGCUAGCAGCCUUACCCUGGCAACUGCUGCGCCCAGGAGACUUCUAUCUGCAAGUGGUACCCUCAGCUGCCCAAGCACCACGACUAGCACUCAAGUGUCUGGCCCCUGGGGGUGGGCGGGUGCAGGAGAUUCCUGUGCCCAAUGAGGCCUGUGCCUACCUAUUCACACCUGAGUGGCUACAAGGCAUCAACAAGGACCGGCCAACAGGUCGCCUCAGUACCUGCCUACUGUCUGCGCCCUCAGGGAUUCAGCGGCUGCCCUGGGCUGAGCUCAUCUGCCCACGAUUUGUGCACAAAGAGGGCCUCAUGGUCGGACAUCAGCCAAGUACGCUGCCCCCAGAACUGCCCUCUGGACCUCCAGGGCUUCCCAGCCCUCCACUUCCUGAGGAGGCGCUGGGUACCCGGAGUCCUGGGGAUGGGCACAAUGCCCCUGUGGAAGGACCUGAGGGCGAGUACGUGGAGCUGUUGGAGGUGACGCUGCCUGUGAGGGGGAGCCCAGCAGAUGCUGAAGGCUCCCCGGGCCUCUCCAGAGUACGGACAGUACCCACUCGCAAGGGUGCUGGAGGGAAGGGCCGCCACCGGAGACACCGGGCGUGGGUGCACCAGAAGGGCCUGGGACCUCGGGACCAGGAUGGAGCACGCCCACCCGGUGAGGGGAGCAGCACUGGAGCCUCCCCUGGGUCUCCCUCAGGAGCUGAGGCUGUCCCAGAGGCAGUAGUCUUAGAGGUGUCUGAGCCCCCAGCAGAGGCCGUGGGAGAAGCCUCUGAAUCUUGCCCCCUGAGGCCAGGGGAGCUUAGAGGAGGAGGAGGAGGUGGCCAGGGGGCUGAAGGACCACCUGGUACCCCUCGGAGAACAGGCAAAGGAAACAGAAGAAAGAAGCGAGCUGCAGGCAGAGGGGCUCUUAGUCGAGGAGGGGACAGUGCCCCACUGAGCCCUGGGGACAAGGAAGAGGCCAGCCACCAAGAAGCCCUUGGCAGUCUGCCCUCACCAAGUGAGCACAAGCUUCCAGAAUGCAGCCUGGUUAAGGAGGAAUAUGAAGGCUCAGGGAAGCCAGAAUCUGAGCCCAAAGAGUUCAAAACAGCAGGCGAAAAAGAGCCUCAGCCCUCUGAAGCCUGUGGGCCUACAGAAGAGAGUGCCAGAGAGAGAGAGCAGGAGGGGCCAGGCCUGGUGUGUAUGGCAGGACACGCAGGCCCAGAAGGCCUCCUGUCUGACACUCCAACACCUCUGCUGGAGACUGUGCAAGAAGGAAAAGGGGACAGCAUUCCAGAAGAGGCCCUUCCAGUCUCCAUCUCUGAUGACCCUGAUGUGGCUUGGGACUUGAUGGCAUCUGGAUUCCUCAUCCUGACAGGAGGGGUGGACCAGAGUGGGCGAGCUCUGCUGACCAUUACCCCACCGUGCCCUCCUGAGGAGCCCCCACCCUCCCGAGACAUGCUGAACACAACUCUUCAUUACCUCCACUCACUGCUCAGGCCUGAUCUACAGCCAUUGGGGCUCUCCGUCCUGCUGGACCUUCGCCAGGCACCUUCACUGCCUCCAGCACUCGUUACUGUCUUGAGCCAACUUCAGGACUCAGGAGAUCCUCCCCUCGUUCAGCGGCUGCUGAUUCUCACUCAUGAUGGCCUUCCAACUGAACUCUGUGGAUUUCAGGGUGCUGAGGUACUGUCAGAGAAUGAUCUGAAAAGAGUGACCAAGCCAGAGGAGCUGCAGUGGGAGUUAGGAGGUCACAGAGACCCCUCUCCCAGUCACUGGGUAGAGAUACACCAGGAAGUGGUAAGGCUAUGCCGCCUGUGCCAAGGUGUGCUGGGCUCGGUACGGCAGGCCAUUGAGGAACUGGAGGGAGCAGCAGAGCCAGAGGAAGAGGAGGCAGUGGGAAUGCCCAAGCCCCUGCAGAAGGUGCUGGCAGAUCCCCGGCUGACGGCACUGCAGAGGGAUGGGGGGGCCAUCCUGAUGAGACUGCGCUCCACUCACAGCAGCAAACUGGAGGGCCAAGGCCCGGCUACACUGUAUCAGGAAGUGGAUGAGGCCAUUCACCAGCUCGUGCGCCUCUCCAACCUGCACGUGCAGCAUCAAGAGCAGCGGCAGUGCCUGCGGCGACUCCAGCAGGUGUUGCAGUGGCUCUCGGGCCCAGGGGAGGAGCAGCUGGCAAGCUUUGCUGUGCCCGGGGACACCUUGUCUGCCCUGCAGGAGACAGAGCUGCGAUUCCGGGCUUUCAGCGCUGAGGUCCAGGAGCGCCUGGCCCAGGCACGGGAGGCCCUGGCUCUGGAGGAGAAUGCCACCUCCCAGAAGGUGCUGGAUAUCUUUGAACAGCGGCUGGAGCAGGUUGAGAGUGGCCUCCAUCGGGCCCUGCGGCUACAGCGCUUCUUCCAGCAGGCACAUGAAUGGGUGGAUGAGGGCUUUGCUCGACUGGCAGGAGCUGGGCCGGGUCGGGAGGCUGUGCUGGCUGCACUGGCCCUACGGCGGGCCCCAGAGCCCAGUGCCGGCACCUUCCAGGAGAUGCGGGCCCUGGCCCUGGACCUGGGCAACCCAGCAGCCCUGCGAGAAUGGGGCCGCUGCCGGGCCCGCUGCCAAGAGCUGGAGAGGAGGAUUCAGCAACACCUGGGAGAGGAGGCGAGCCCACGGGGCUACCGACGACGGCGGGCAGACAGUGCCAGCAGUGGAGGGGCCCAGUGGGGCCCCCACAGCCCCUCACCCAGCCUCAGCUCCUUGCUGCUCCCCAGCAGCCCUGGGCCACGGGCAGCCCCAUCCCAUUGCUCCUUGGCCCCAUGUGGAGAGGACUAUGAGGAGGAAGGCCCUGAGCUGGCUCCAGAAGCAGAGGGCAGGCCCCCAAGGGCUGUGCUGAUUCGAGGCCUGGAGGUCACCAGCACUGAGGUGGUAGACAGGACGUGCUCACCGCGGGAACACGUGCUGCUGGGCCGGGCUGGGGGGCCAGACGGACCCUGGGGAGUAGGCACCCCCCGGAUGGAGCGCAAGCGAAGCAUCAGUGCCCAGCAGCGUCUGGUGUCUGAGCUGAUUGCCUGUGAACAAGAUUACGUGGCCACCUUGAGUGAGCCAGUGCCAUCCCCUGGGCCUGAGCUGACUCCUGAACUUCGGGGCACUUGGGCUGCUGCCCUGAGUGCCCGGGAAAGGCUUCGCAGCUUCCACCGGACACACUUUCUGCGGGAGCUUCAGGGCUGCGCCACCCACCCCCUACGCAUUGGGGCCUGCUUCCUUCGCCAUGGGGACCAGUUCAGCCUUUAUGCACAGUACGUGAAGCACCGACACAAACUGGAGAAUGGUCUGGCUGUUCUCAGUCCCUCAAGCAAGGGCUCCAUGGAGGCUGGACCUUACCUGCCCCGAGCCCUGCAGCAGCCUCUGGAACAGCUGGCUCGGUAUGGGCGGCUCCUGGAGGAGCUCCUGAGGGAAGCUGGGCCUGAGCUGAGUUCUGAGCGCCAGGCCCUUGGGGCUGCUGUACAGCUGCUCCGGGAACAAGAGGCCCGUGGCAGAGACCUGCUGGCUGUGGAGGCGGUGCGUGGCUGUGAGAUAGAUCUGAAGGAGCAGGGACAGCUCUUGCAUCGAGACCCCUUCACUGUCAUCUGUGGCCGAAAGAAGUGCCUUCGCCAUGUCUUUCUCUUUGAGCAUCUCCUCCUGUUCAGCAAGCUCAAGGGCCCUGAAGGAGGGUCAGAGAUGUUUGUUUACAAGCAGGCCUUUAAGACUGCUGACAUGGGGCUGACAGAAAACAUCGGGGACAGCGGACUCUGCUUCGAGUUGUGGUUUCGGCGGCGGCGUGCACGAGAGGCAUAUACUCUGCAGGCAACCUCACCAGAGAUCAAACUCAAGUGGACAAGUUCUAUUGCCCAGCUGCUGUGGAGACAGGCAGCCCACAACAAGGAGCUCCGAGUGCAGCAGAUGGUGUCCAUGGGCAUUGGGAAUAAACCCUUCCUGGACAUCAAAGCCCUUGGGGAGCGGACGCUGAGUGCCCUGCUCACUGGAAGAGCCGCCCGCACCCGGGCCUCCGUGGCCGUGUCAUCCUUUGAGCAUGCCGGCCCCUCCCUUCCCGGCCUUUCCCCGGGAGCCUGCUCCCUGCCUGCCCGCGUCGAGGAGGAGGCCUGGGAUCUGGACGUCAAGCAAAUUUCCCUGGCCCCAGAAACACUUGACUCUUCUGGAGAUGUGUCCCCAGGACCAAGAAACAGCCCCAGCCUGCAACCCCCCCACCCUGGGAGCAGCACUCCCACCCUGGCCAGUCGAGGGAUCUUAGGGCUAUCCCGGCAGAGCCAUGCUCGAGCCCUGAGCGACCCCACCACGCCUCUGUGACCUGGAGAAGAUCCAGAACUUGCCUGCAGCUUCUCCUCUCAGCACACUUUGGGCUGGGAUGGCAGUGGGGCAUAAUGGAGCACUGGGCGAUCACUGAAUUUCUUCCCUCUGCUUCCUGGACACACAGGAGGUCUAAGGACCAGAGUAUUGCCCUGCCACCACUAUCUCUAGUCCCCCUAGCUUGGUGCCUUCUCCUGCAGGAGCCAGAGCAGCCACACUGCUUGCCUUCAUACCCUGGAGGUGGGGAAGUUACCCCUCUUCCAGUGCUUUCCCAUCCUGGGCCACUGUAUCCAGGACAUCACUUCCAUACCAGCCCUCCCUGGCAGCCCAUGUUCUCCUCUUUUCUCACCCCUUGACUUUCCCUGAGAAGAAUCAUCUGUGCCAGGUCAACUGGAGUUCCCGGUGACUCCAUUCUGAGGUGUCACAAGAAAUGAAGCUAUGCAAACUAUAACAGGAGGGUGCAACAGGGAACUGUAGACUUUAUAUAUGUAAUUACUGUUAUUAUAAUACUAUUGUUAUAUUAAAUGUAUUUACUCACACUUUGCCUCCAAGGAGCUAGAGUAGUCCUCUGGAUUAAGGUGAUAAAUAACUUGAGCACUUUCCCUCAACCAGCCCUUAACUAGAACACAGAAAAUAAAACCAAGACUGGAAGGUCCCCUGUACCCUUCCCAGGCCCAGAGCUGUGUGUGAGCCUGGGAGAAUGUGUCUCCUCCACAGUGGCUCCCAGAGGCUCCAGACACUCUCUGAGGCUCCUUCUCCCACACUGCACCUACUCCUUGAGGCUGAACUGGUCACAGACAAACGGGGAUCCAGCACAGUCCAGCAGUUCUCAAAAUGAGGCCCUCAGGCCACAGUGUGUGAGAACGUGAUUGGCUAUUUGUUAAAUGCUAAUUCUUGGACCCCAUCAGAGCUGCUGCAUUGAAACCUGGGGGUGAAACCCAAUAUUCUGCAUCUCUUGUCAAACUCUUUGGGUGAUAACUAAAUGUCUGAAGAGGUGACUAUUUCCUGACAGAAGGGCCCAAAGAGAGGAGCAGGACAUAGGUAGGCAGACAGACACAGGGCCCUGUGCCUCACGACACCUGUUUAUUGGGGACACGACUCUGCAACAGGGAUGACAGGAAUCGUACCAAAAAUAGCGACGUCUACAGGGCCCCUGAUGGGGCUAGAAGGGUACAGUGCUCCCCACCCUCACCCCUUGUACAAAAAUAAACUCUCACGCCUAUG